CCACCUCUAGCCGCGAGUGGGUCAUAGGGCUCCGGUUUCCGUGCGUCUUCGCUGCCCAGCGCUGUGACCCUUCCUGACACUGGGCCACGAGUAGAGAGUGCCCCUCUAGGUCUGCUUUCAUACCUGUGCCUUCACCCAGAAGCGGCAGAAAAUGAACAAAUCCCAGGGACCGGUCUCAUUCACGGAUGUGACUGUGGACUUCACCCAGGAAGAGUGGGAGCAGUUGGACCCAUCUCAGAGGAUCCUGUACAUGGAUGUGAUGCUGGAGAACUACAGCAACUUACUGUCAGUGGAGGUGUGGAAGGCUGACGACCAGAUGGAGAGGGAGCACAGUGACCCCGAGGAGCAGGCGAGGCCAUUUAUAAUCUUUAAGAACCAAACCCCGAUUGAGGAAAGAAGUGAUCUCUUUGGCAAGUCAUUCAGUCUGAGCACAGACUUUGUUUCUUUGAGACAAGUACCCUAUAAAUUCGACUUAUAUGAAAAAACUUUGAAAUAUAGCUCAGACUUACUUAACAGUAAUAGCUAUAUAAGGAAGCAAGCUGAUGAGUAUGAUGGAUUUGGAAAAGCACUUCUCUAUCUAAAGCAAGAGAAAACCCAUCCUGGAAUGGAAUACGUUGACUAUAACAAAAGUGGAAAAGCCUUUGGCCAUAAAGAAGCCAUUUUUAAACAUCAGAAAAUUAGAAAUUUGGUACAACCUUUCAUUUGUAAUUACUGUGACAAGACUUUCUCCUUCAAGUCACUCCUUGUUAGUCAUAAGAGAAUACAUACUGGAGAAAAACCUUAUGAAUGUAAUGUAUGUAAGAAAACCUUCUCCCAUAAGGCAAACCUCAUUAAACAUCAGAGAAUUCAUACGGGGGAGAAACCCUUUGAAUGUCUUGAAUGUGGAAAAGCUUUCACCCACCAGUCAAACCUCAUUGUUCACCAGAGAGCACAUAUGGAGAAGAAGCCAUAUGAAUGCAGUGAAUGCGGCAAGACGUUUGCCCAGAAGUUUGAACUCACUACCCACCAGAGAAUCCAUACAGGGGAGCGUCCCUAUGAGUGUAAUGAAUGUGCAAAAAGCUUCUUUAAGAAAUCAAACCUCAUAAUACAUCAGAAAAUUCACACAGGGGAGAAACGUUACGAAUGCAGCGAAUGUGGGAAAUCCUUUAUCCAGAACUCGCAACUCAUUAUACACAUGAGAACUCACACAGGAGAGAAACCCUAUGAGUGUACGGAAUGCGGCAAAACAUUCAGCCAGCGGUCAACUCUCAGGUUACACUUGCGAAUCCAUACGGGAGAGAAACCAUACGAGUGUUCUCAGUGUGGGAAAGCCUUCAGCAGAAAGUCCCGACUCAGUGUCCACCUAAGAGUGCACAUAGGUGACAAACCCUGAGGUCACAGCCAGUUGAACUGUGCAGAACCCUUCCAGCAGAACCCUCCAGUCGAGGAGAGCCACCUAAGGUAGUGCGGAGCGUGGGAAUUCAUACUGAGAUACAAUCUAGCGACUCAAAAAUGUGUGAAAAUAGGGUCCCCUAAGAACAAUAAUAAAUACACUGAAGAUUAGGUGUGAUACUCAACUAAAGAAUACAUAGCAGAAUAUAUCCAAUUGUAAAUAGACAUACUUAACUACAUUACAUUGAGCUUUUUAAAAUCUGGAAUGAAUUAUUCAAGAAUGAAACAUUCUGGGAAGCAGCAGAAAAGAUCUACAGACAGAACCUAGGAGUUUAGUGGUGUUGUGUGUGAUUAUGCCACAAAAAAAAAAUUCACACACAAAAAUAUACUUUAGAUCUACACAUAUGAAUUUAACGUUAGUCACUGGAAGUUUGCAAUUCUUAUCCUCUGUAAUAAUGAGGACACAUCAAACAAGAUUUUCCAUAUUAAAUAUCACAUGUGUUUUUCAGCAUCUUUACAACUCAGUAUGCAUUCCAAAUGAAAUACGGAACAGAUUUUAAAGUAGCAUGUAACAUGUUUUCUCCUACUGCUUGCUUGCUUAUAUAAGUUGGUAUGAUCAUUGUUAUUGAGCUGCCUCUUGAUUAGCAGAAGACAGUGUUGAAGUUUUAACGUGCUUCUGGACUUGCUGAAGAUUUCCUAGGACCAUUACUUACAUAAAUAUGCAAAUAAGAGAUAAUUAGGGAAGAGGUCUAGAGAGUAAAAGGUAGGGCUGUGGGCUCUUACUCAGUAUGUACCACAGGAUAAAAAUGGGCUACAGAGGAUAUCCACAUCCAUCAUGCUGUUUGUCAGUGGGGUGUUUACAUACAAAUGCAUGUCAGUU